UUGAUCAUGAAGAGGAUGUACGACCAUGGCUGCGGUGUCAAGGUCAUAUAAAAGAUGAGGUCCACCGCCGAUGAACAUUGUCAUCCACAUCACUACGAUCGUUUCUACAGUCACUCCAGCAGUCCUUUUACAGCAUGUUCCCAUUCGCUUUCGCAUCGCUUAUCGGCUUAGCAGCAUGUCUUCCAUCGAGCUCGCAGGCUGUGCAGAAUAAAGCGGUCGGCGAUCUCAUCGUGACUCAGGUGCCCGAUUAUGUCCGUCCCUAUAUCGUACGCGCAUAUGCACUCGAUGGGUACCGGAUUGGAACUCAGGUGUAUCGUUUCCCUGUGACCGGCCCUUCGUCAGGCUAUGCUUUCUCGAUGAUCAGCACUGCGGCCCCGGCUAGUACAGAGCUCGGCGUGCUUGCUCACACCCAUAAGACCCACUUUGAGAACUUCUAUUGCCUCAGGGGUCGCUACGCACUCUGGACUGACAAGGACAAUGUCACCUCAGGACGUAUCCUCACACCCGGAGACUAUGGUGCUGUCCCUCACGAUACAACCCACACAUUCCAGAUCCUCGAUCCUUUCGUAGAGAUGGUGGGCGUCAUACAGCCCGGUGGCUUCGAAGAUCUGUUCUACUUCCUCGCAAACGAGAAUUACACCUCAUCUAGCUACUCACCUUUUCCACAAGGAAACUUCUCUGACCCUGGUGGCGAUUCUGACACCAUCACUAAACUCCAGAGCUACGAUGUGUAUGCCCAAUUGAGCUUCACUCCUCCCACGAACUUCGGAUCCAACAGCGCGACCGAGGAGGAUGCGAUCUGGCACAACGGCGCCAACGAAUUGGCCCAGGACUCCAAGACACCGUUUUUCAUUGCCAAGGGUUACGGUCCUAAAUAUCUCGCUGGUGAUGCGAAAUCCUCGUACGCUAUCGUCGAGCCCUUCGUCACAUCCCAACAGUCUGAUGGCAAUUUCACCCAGGGUACCAUCACCUUGUCGAAACCAAGUGCUGGAUCUGAGCCUGAGAAGUACUCGCUGCCUGGCCACACUGCGCUCGAAGUUGUUGAUGGGCUUGUCAGCGUUGAUGUCGGUGGUUUUGAUGGGACGACCACACUCUCUAUUGGCGACGUUGUCUUCGUGCCGGCCAAUACGACAUUCAGUUUUUGGGGCGCGGCUGCGUACUCGAAGGUCCUGUAUGUCGGUGCUGGAAAUGAUACCAUUGAUGGAAAAAUCAUCAAGGGUGCCAAGGAGUGGGAUUCCGCCACAUGGCCACAAUGAGCUGCUGCGACUUUGCAAAGUGGAUGACAUAGCCGCAUCAGUUACUGUA